UUCUUGCACCAACAAUGCAUACCAAACCAAUCUUUUGGGUAGGGAGAGAGAGAGAGAGAGAGAAUUGAUUCGGAAAAGCUUCAUUCCAACAUCCAUGAGAGGGAAAGAGAAGACCCCCAGAUCAAAACAACAAUCGAAAUAACACGAAAAUUCGAAACCACGGGAAAGAAUGGGAUCUUCUUCUAUCCCGAACGGCCUUCUCUCCCUCUCCCUCGCCGCCUGCCUGCUCGUUCACCUGUUCCCUUUCGGCUCCGCCUACCCCAAGGACCCGACUAUCUCCUACCACAACGGCCCUCUGCUGACCGGAAACGUCAGCCUGUCCUUAUUGUGGUACGGAGAAUUCUUGCCCGUCGAGAAGACAGUGGUCCGGACAUUCAUCGAGUCAUUGGGCAUGGAAAAGAGCAUGAGCUUCCAGUCUGACGUACACUCUUGGUGGCAAAAGGUUCACAGUUACCUAGAGCUCACCGAGAAGAAGAGAUCCAAGGGCACGGUGCGAAUCGCAAGAGAAGUCGAUGACGAGAAGGCCUCUCUCGGACGUGUUUUGGGGAACGAAUCGCUCCCCGGCUUGCUGCAGAAGGCGACCGUCGGGUUGGCUAACACGGUCGCUGUCAUCUUUGUUUCCAAAGGGGUUAAGAUGGUUGAAGCAUGCAAGCUUCCGUGCUACCUGCAUGGAGUACUGGGUAAGCAAGUUUACAUAGUGGUUGGAAACCUAGAAGAGGAGUGUCCAGGCUCAUGUGCUGUACCCUUCCACAGAUCAAGAAAUCCCUUCAUGCCUCCAAACGCCGUAACGCUUGAACCGCCCAGCGGAAACCUGGGUGCCGACGUCAUGGUCAUCCACUUCGCCUCAGCCUUGGCUGAUACGGUGACCAACCCGUUUGGCAACGGGUUCUUCGGUACCGAAUGGGGCCAGGAUUCUCAGGCUGCAACGGUUUGCAUGGGCUUAUUUGCAACCGGGGCGUUCCCCGGCUACCCCGGUAAUGUCCGGGUCGACCCUUACACUGGUGGGGCGUUCAAUGCACGUGGGUUGAACGAUUCUAAGUUCCUCUUGCCUGCUCUGUGGGAUCCCAAAACUGAUGAUUGCUGGACCGUAUUGUGAUUUCAGCUAUGUCGAGUGUCUUUGGAUUAUCGGGAGAUCAACUCUAUAAUUUUAUAUAAUUCAAAUCAUAUUUAUUGGUUCUUGUACA